AUGUCGUCUCUGAGUAGGGAGCUUGUGUUCUUGAUCUUACAGUUUCUUGAUGAAGAAAAAUUUAAAGAGACAGUUCACAAGCUUGAGCAAGAAUCGGGAUUUUUCUUUAACAUGAAGUAUUUUGAAGAUGAAGUUCAUAAUGGGAAUUGGGAUGAAGUUGAGAAGUAUCUGUCUGGAUUUACUAAAGUGGAUGACAAUCGUUACUCAAUGAAGAUCUUUUUUGAAAUUAGGAAACAAAAGUAUCUUGAAGCAUUGGAUAAGCAUGAUCGGUCCAAAGCAGUGGAAAUCCUAGUAAAGGAUCUUAAAGUGUUUGCAUCAUUUAAUGAAGAGCUUUUCAAGGAGAUUACUCAGUUAUUGACUUUGGAGAAUUUUAGGGAAAACGAACAACUUUCUAAAUAUGGUGACACGAAAUCAGCUAGGGCUAUAAUGUUGGUUGAGCUCAAGAAACUUAUCGAAGCAAAUCCUUUGUUUCGUGACAAAUUGCAGUUUCCUAACCUUAAAAAUUCCAGACUACGGACUCUCAUAAACCAAAGCUUGAAUUGGCAACACCAACUUUGUAAAAACCCAAGGCCAAAUCCGGAUAUCAAGACUUUGUUUGUUGACCAUUCAUGUGGUCAACCAAACGGGGCCCGCGCACCAUCACCCGCAAACAAUCCGCUACUCGGGUCAUUGCCAAAAGCCGGAGGCUUUCCUCCUUUGGGCGCACACGGGCCCUUUCAACCUACACAAGCUCCAGUUCCAGCUCCUCUUGCGGGUUGGAUGUCAAACCCAAACCCAAACCCACCCGCAAUAUCUCACCCUGCUGUUUCCGGAAGUGGAAUUGGUCUUGGUGGUCCAUCUAUGCCAGCUGCUUUAAAGCAUCCAAGAACACCACCUACAAACCCUUCAUUGGAUUUCCCAUCUGGGGAUUCUGACCACGUGAGCAAAAGGACAAGGCCAAUGGGGAUAACAGAUGAAGUCAACCUUCCGGUCAACGUGCUGCCCGUGUCAUUCCAAGGGCAUGGCAGCAGUCAUACUCAACAGCCUUUUAAUGCAUCUGUGUCUGUAUCUGUAUCUUCAUCUGCAUCUGAUGAUUUACCCAAGACUGUUGCAAGAACUCUCAACCAGGGUUCAUCUCCUAUGAGCAUGGAUUUCCAUCCUAUACAACAGACAUUGCUUUUAGUUGGAACAAAUGUAGGUGAUAUUGGAUUGUGGGAAGUUGGUUCAAGAGAAAAAUUGGUUCUUAAAAACUUCAAAGUUUGGGAUCUUAGUUCGUGUUCCAUGCCUAUGCAGGCUGCUCUUGUAAAAGAUCCUGGCGUGUCUGUAAACCGUGUAAUUUGGAGUCCAGAUGGUUCGUUGUUUGGAGUUGCUUAUUCACGACACAUUGUACAAAUAUAUUCAUACCAUGGAGGCGAUGAUGUGAGACAACAUCUAGAGAUCGAUGCUCAUGUUGGUGGAGUAAACGAUCUUGCAUUCUCACAUCCAAAUAAGCAACUCUGUGUGAUAACUUGUGGGGAUGAUAAAACCAUAAAAGUCUUCGAUGCUGCAACUGGUGCAAAACAAUACACUUUUGAAGGUCAUGAUGCUCCUGUUUAUUCUGUAUGCCCUCACUACAAAGAAAACAUUCAGUUUAUAUUCUCAACGGCUCUUGAUGGGAAAAUAAAAGCAUGGUUAUAUGAUAACAUGGGAUCACGAGUUGAUUAUGAAGCUCCUGGUCGAUGGUGCACAACAAUGGCUUAUAGUGCAGAUGGAACAAGACUUUUUUCAUGUGGAACAAGCAAAGAAGGGGAAUCGCAUAUUGUGGAAUGGAAUGAAAGUGAAGGAGCUGUGAAAAGAACGUAUCAUGGAUUCCGUAAACGAUCCUUAGGUGUAGUGCAGUUCGACACCACUAAAAACCGAUUUUUGGCCGCCGGCGAUGACUUCUCGAUCAAAUAUUGGGAUAUGGAUAACGUUCAGCUUUUAACAAGCGUGGAGGCUGACGGUGGUCUUCCGGCGAGCCCACGUAUCCGAUUUAACAAAGAUGGCACUCUGUUAGCGGUUUCCGCCAAUGAAAAUGGAAUCAAAAUUUUGGCGAAUUCAGAUGGUCUUCGAUUACUUCGAACUUUUGAGAAUCUUUCUUAUGAUGCUGCUUCCAGAGCCCAGGAACCUGCAAAGCCUACCUUAAACACAAUAUCCGCUGCUGCUGCCGCCGCCGCCGCCAGCAGUGCCGGAAUAGCAGAGAGAGUUGGCUCUGUUGGUUCUAUCUCGGGAAUGAAUGGAGAUACCAGAAGCAUGCCAGAUGUGAAACCAAGAAUCAACGAAGAACAGAACGACAAAUCAAAGAUUUGGAAACUCACUGAAAUAAGCGAACCUUCUCAGUGUCGAUCGAUGAAACUCCCAGAAAACAUGAGAGUAACAAAGAUAUCAAGAUUGAUAUAUACAAAUUCUGGUAACGCUAUAUUGGCGUUAGCAUCAAACGCUAUACAUUUGCUGUGGAAAUGGCAACGAAGUGAGCGUAACUCAAGUGGCAAGGCAACCGCAAGUGUUUCACCUCAAUUAUGGCAACCUUCAAGUGGGAUUUUGAUGACUAAUGACGUGGCAGAAACCAACCCUGAAGAAUCUGUCGCCUGUUUUGCAUUAUCCAAAAACGAUUCUUAUGUGAUGUCGGCAUCUGGUGGAAAGAUUUCUUUAUUCAACAUGAUGACAUUCAAGACGAUGACAACGUUCAUGCCACCACCACCAGCUGCCACGUUUCUUGCUUUCCAUCCACAAGACAACAAUAUAAUCGCUAUCGGAAUGGAUGAUUCAACGAUUCAGAUAUAUAACGUUCGUGUGGACGAGGUAAAAAGCAAGCUGAAAGGGCAUUCAAAAAGAAUUACAGGUCUUGCAUUUUCACACGUGCUCAAUGUUUUAGUCUCAUCCGGGGCAGAUGCUCAGCUUUGUGUAUGGAGUUCUGAUGGAUGGGAGAAGCAAAAGACAAGAUACCUUCAGCUUCCACCUGGAAGAACACCCACAGCAACAGCACAGUCAGACACACGUGUACAGUUUCAUCAUGAUCAGAUCCAUUUCCUUGUUGUACACGAGACCCAACUCGCAAUAUACGAAACAACAAAACUCGAAUGUGUAAAACAGUGGCUUGCACGUGAAUCAUCUGCCCCAAUAUCACACGCGAUGUUUUCAUGCGACAGUCAGUUGGUGUACGCAAGUUUCUUGGAUGCAACGGUUUGUGUUUUUACAGCUUCACACCUUCGAUUACGUUGUCGAAUCAAUCCAUCUGCAUAUCUUUCUCCCAAUGUCCCGAGCAAUGCAAAUGUGCAUCCGUUGGUGAUUGCUGCACACCCACAAGAACCGAAUCAAUUUGCAUUGGGUCUAUCAGAUGGAGUGGUUCAUGUAUUCGAGCCGCUUGAGUCGGAAAGCAAAUGGGGGGUGCAACCACCGGCUGAAAACGGUUCGACCAGUAACGCAGCGGUUGCACCGGUUGGGGGUUCGGGUGCGGAUCAGGCUCAAAGAUGACCUCACCUCACCUCAACUUGUUUUGGUGGAACUGGAAGCAUUUUUGUUGGUUGGUUGUUUUCAGGGGGGUGAAAUGUAAAAUUUUUAGUCACAUGUAGAUCUCUAACUUAUCUUGUUUGUGUAAAGUCGUAGGUUUUAAAUUGUGGUAUGGAUGGUCUUAAGUACAAGAAUGUUGUUUACCAUUGCCAUCAAUCAUCCAAUGUCAAAUCAAAGUUGUAAAACUUGUUUUUCAUUUUGAUUUUCCUUGUUUGUGAGAUCUUGGUAUUUAUUAUCCAGCUGACAUGUUUUCAGAUUAUUUUUCUUCAAACCAUUAUUGAAAAUAUAUCGAUU